GCCCCGCCCGCCCCGCCGAGCCGAGCACAGGGCGGCGGCGGCGGCGGGAGCAGCCCGGGAGGAGGAGGAGGCGGCGGCGGCAGGGAUGGCGGCGGCGCGGUGGGCUCGGUGGAGAUGAGUGCCCGCGGCCCCAGGCCCAGGACGGCGUGGCCGGAGUGGGCGGGGGUCCCGAUGCAGGCCCGAGGGGGGCCAUGGGGCAGGUCCUGCCGGUCUUCGCCCACUGCAAAGAAGCUCCAUCCACAGCCUCCUCCACCCCUGACUCCACGGAAGGAGGGAACGACGACUCGGAUUUCCGGGAGCUGCACACAGCCCGGGAGUUCUCGGAGGACGAUGAGGAGGAGACCACGUCGCAGGACUGGGGCACCCCCCGGGAGCUGACCUUCUCCUACAUCGCCUUCGACGGCGCGGUGGGCCCCGGGGCGCGCCGGGACUCCGCUGCCCGCCGGCCCCGGCCCCAGGGCCGCUCCGUCUCAGAAACGAGAGACCCAGCCCCCCAGCCCGGCCUGGGCGACAGCCUGGAGAGCAUCCCCAGCCUGAGCCAGUCCCCGGAGCCCGUGCGCCGGGGAGACCCCGACGCGGGUCCCCAGGCCCAGCGCGCCCCGGAGGGCCUGGGGCUCCGGCUGGACCAGCUGGACUGGGAGGCCCGGGGCGCGGGGUCCGGGGAGGACUCCGCCACCAGCAGCUCCACGCCGCUGGAGGACGAGGAGCCCGACGGGUCCGAGGCCAGAGGGGCUGGGAAAGAACUGGACCUUCAGCUCGGAUUCGCUCAGUCCUCGCCGCCCGGAGCCUUGACUCCACAAUCCAGCCCUGGCUCUGGGACCCCCCAGGCGCGAACCCCGUCCCCACCUGGAUCUGGGGAUUCGAACUCGUGGCCUGCCGAGCCCUCGCUGGACGAGAAAGAGGAAGAGCCUAGGGGGCAGCUGGAUCGGGAGCCAAUCACGGGGCAGUGCCUUGUUAGCACGGACCAAUCAGAAUUCAUGCUGGAACCACACCCUCUAGUGGCGGACUUGCUGUACUGGAAGGACACGAAGACGUCCGGCGUGGUCUUCACGGGCCUCAUGGUCUCCCUGCUGUGCCUCCUGCACUUCAGCAUCGUGUCCGUGGCCGCCCACGUGGCCCUGCUGCUGCUCUGUGGCACCAUCUCUCUCAGGGUUUACCGCAAAGUGCUGCAGGCCGUGCACCGGGGCGACGGUGCCAACCCCUUCCAGGCCUAUCUGGACUUGGACCUGACCCUGACUCGGGAGCAGACGGAGCGUCUGUCCCAGCAGAUUGCCUCGCAGGCGGUCUCGGCGGCCACCCAGCUGCGGCAUUUCUUCCUGGUAGAAGACCUUGUGGACUCCCUCAAGCUGGCCCUGCUCUUCUACAUCCUGACCUUCGUGGGUGCCGUCUUCAAUGGUUUGACUCUCCUCAUUCUGGGAGUGAUUGGUUUGUUCACCGUCCCCCUGCUGUACCGACAGCACCAGGCCCAGAUUGACCAGUAUGUGGGGUUGGUGACCAAUCAGUUGAGCCACAUCAAAGCUAAGAUCCGAGCUAAGAUCCCAGGGACCGGAGCCCUCGCCUCCGCAGCAGCCUCAGUCUCCGGAUCCAAAGCCAAAGCCGAAUGAAAAAAGGGCGUCUCUGUCUGCGGGACGCCUGCCCCCCCCCCCCCCCCCCCCGCAGCCCUCCGUACCUCUCUUCCGUCUCCCUUCCAUCCCCACCCUCCUCCCUUCUCAGCCCCAGCCCUGUCCGGGCGGGUGUCUGCAGCACGCACACCAGGCGCUAAUUGCCUGAGCGGCUAGGACUACAUUUCCCAGGAGGCUCUGCUCUAAGAGCCCAGGAAAAGCGAGGCACCUUGGCCGAGGUCCUGCUGGUACUUGUAGUUGUCUAGCGAGGGCACCCGCCCUGCACUUACCCAGCCGACGCUGGGGGCGCCGGGAGGGGCUGGUGUCUUCUGGACGCUGCUGGGCCCAAGCCAGGGCUUUGCAUGGGACCCAGGGGAGGCCUGAGCUUGGAUUUACACUGGAAUAAAGACUUCUGUGG